CGGCGGCUGACGCUCGACGACUUCGAGGUGCUCAAGAACAUCGGCGAGGGCGCGUUCUCCCAGGUGCUGCUCGUGCGCAAGGUCGAGGAGCCCGACGCGGGCCGCGUCUUCGCCAUGAAGACGAUCUCGAAGCUCGCGGACAACAAGUCCUACUUCGAGCGGUGCAUCCGCGCGGAGCGCGUCGCGCUCGGCAUGAUGGAGUCGCCCUUCGUCGUGACGCUGCGCUACGCGUUCCAGACGCCCGCGGGGCUCUACUCGCUGACGGACUACUGGGAGGGCGGGUCCCUCGAGAGCCACCUGCCCGAGGGCGGCAUGGACGAGGACCGCGCGCGGUUCCACGCCGCGGAGCUUCUCUUAGCGCUCAAGCACGUGCACGACCACAAGAUCGUGCACCGCGACCUCAAGCUCACGAACAUCCUCCUCGACGGCGCGGGCCACGUCGCUUUGACGGACUUUGGCCUCUGCGCGCCGAACGUGCCCCUCGAGGCCCAGCCGCUCCACUCGUUCUGCGGGUCCGUCGAGUACAUGGCGCCGGAGAUCCUCAAGGGCCACCGCUACGGCCACGCGGUCGACUGGUGGGCCUUUGGGGUCCUGCUCUACGAACUCGUCCACGGCGUGACGCCCUUCACGGGCCACAAGGCGCGCGUCAUCAUGGAGUCCAUAUUGAAGGGGCCGCCGGAAAUCGCCCCCGGGGACUCCGAGGAGUUCGCGCACUCGCUGUCCCAGCUCCUGGAGAAAAAGCCGGAGGAGCGCGCGGGCUUCGGGACCAAGGGCGGCAAGGACGUCAUGAACCUGCCCUUCUUCUACAAGGUCGACUGGGCCGCCAUGCGCGCCAUGGCCGCGCCCGUGCCCUACGUGCCG